CCAACCUGACAUGGGAUUAUAUUUUGAUCAUGAGGCUGCUUCAUCUCCUCGCUACAUGUUUAUUAACUUUGGUUUAUUUCUUCCCUAUUCAUAUGUAAAACAGGGCUUUUGUCGGCAUGAAUGUAGUGAGAAUCAAUACAAAAAAUGUAGUUUACUUAAUUAUAGCUAUUCUUUCUACGUCUGUCAGAGAAGCUCAUAUGGACUAUGGUGACACUAUAUCCAAUUAUGCUUCAAAUAAUAACUCAACUCCUGCUUAUACAACUAAAAAGGAAGACUUAUCAAAUAUUUGUCCUGCAGGGAAUUUUUGUUCUAAGUUGAGUGCUGAAUGCUUAUUAUGCACAUUAAAUCAUAAAUGUAAUUAUGGAGUUACUUACCAAGCAAAUUGUACUGUAUUGAAACAAAUUGAUUGUGUGGGUGACACUAAUUUUGCUAAACCUUACAUUUGUCGUUAUUGCUACCAAACUGACCACUGGGAACAUGAUUGUCUCCAAAAGAAUUCUUGUAGUUCUGUGGCUUCACCUCAGCAAUACUAUAGAACAAACUGCACUGUAAAAAGUGAUAUUCUGUGUUUAGGAAAGAGAAGAUUUUUAAAAAAUUUACGAUGUAACUGGACUGGUGGUUAUAGGUGGUCCACUGCUCUAAUUUUGAGCAUCACACUUGGAGGCUUUGGUGCUGACAGGUUUUAUUUAGGCCAUUGGCAAGAAGGUAUUGGUAAACUGUUUAGUUUUGGUGGACUUGGAGUGUGGACUCUAAUUGAUGUGAUGUUAAUAUCCAUGAGGUAUUUAGGUCCAGCAGAUGGAUCAUUAUAUGUUUAAAUUUAAUCUUGAUUUUACUGAAUGUAUAUAAAAAGUAUUAUAAAUGUUAUUUAUGUGCACUGUAAGUUAUAGAAAUUUCUUUUAUCAUAUAUAAGUAGGGCAAAUUAAUUUUCAUAAAAAACUUUUAUAAAAUGUUGUAAAAUCUAGUUUAAUACAUUACUUUGCCAUCA